GUCUUUUUGAGUCGGCUAUUGAGCAAACACUGCAUAUAUUGACUUGAGUAUACAUUAUGGUUGGACCUGAGAGAUAUGGCCGUGGAGGGAAUCGAGGUGGUGGUCGUGGAAGAGACCAUGGAGGUAGUGACUACUCUCGUAGAGGUGCUCCUUAUUACCGUGGUCGAGGUGGUGGCAGAGGUGGAUCUUCGUAUGCUGGCUAUGGUCAAAACAGAAAUGAAGGCAAUGGCUACAACGAACAUUCUCGCGAUUAUCCUCCAAACAACUACAAUAAUGCUGAUUCUCUAGAUAACCAUCAAUAUGAUCAAACUGCUCAUUACCAGGAUCAUCAAGGACAGUCUUGGAGACAGCAACCUUAUCCAGAUCCAUCAUCGUAUCAACAACAGACUUUGAUGCAGAACCAGCAGCAGUAUGACAAUCAGGGUGGGCAGCAGCAUACUCAAAGUGGAUCUGAUGGUCCUGCAGAAGCCACAUGCCGUACACUAUUUGUUCGCAAUGUUUCAUUUGAUGCUACCGAGUCGGACAUUAGACGAGUAUUUGAGCCAUAUGGAGAAAUCAAGCUGGUUUUUGAUCUUAUUUCUCGUCGCGGAAUUGUAUUUGUGACAUAUUAUGAUUUGCGGGCUGCUGAAAGAGCGAGAGUUGCUCUGCAAGAAACCAUGUUUGCAGGUCGUCAGAUUGAUGUUCAUUAUUCGCUACCCAAAGCCGAGGAAAAAAAUAACGGAGAUUGUAAAGCAAAUAGUUAUCAAGGUACUGUUAAACUUCAUUUGCGUGAUAGUCGUAGCGAACUGAAUGGUCACGACGCUCAAGAGCUAUUAGCACGUUUUGGUGAUAUUAAGAAAGUGCGGGAGGAUGCUGAUGGUGAUCCACUUGUCGAGUUUUGGGAUAUGCGUAGUGCAGAUAGUGCACUGGAUUAUAUUGAAGCGAAUCCAUCUUUUAAAGGCGGACGCCUUAGUGCCAAAAUUGUUUGGGACACUACCAAUAUUGACGAGAGUUCAUUGAAGCCUAUUCAGCAUGCUGAUCCUAGACGUCAAAAUCUGUCGCACGGAUACGAUCGUGACCUUGAGCAUCACGGUCGUGGUGGAUCUAGUCACCGAGGUGGUCGUGGCGGUAGCUAUCAUUAUGAAGAUCGUGGUAGAUCUGACGAUUUUGGACGUGGUCCGCGUUAUAGUGGUGGAUAUAAUGGUGGCCAAGGCUACGAUCGAGGAGACGUACAAGCUCCACGACCAGCUGGAGGUUCACUGCUCGAUUCGCUUGUGGGAAAUACUAAUGUGCAGGGACAAGGCGGAUCUGGAUAUGGCCAGUCUUUGUCUACAGCUAGAACUACUCCCUCUCAAACACCUUUGACUCAGUUGCUUCAACCACGUGUAACUACACCUGGGCCUGCUUCACAAAAUGCCAGUGCACCAAUGGCCGGUGGAUCUCAGGAUGCAAUGAGUUUACUGCGGUUACUUGGCCAGGUACAACAGCAGCAGGCGCAAUCUAGACAACAGCCGCCACAGCAAGUGAUACCUCAGCAACAAGGCCCACAAUCACAGUCUGCCGCCCCAGGUAUACAACUUGGCACUCCUGGUGCAACCAGCCAGCUGGCUCAUCUACUUGCACUAAUUGGACAGGCUACACCUGGCGCAACGCCAACUGCUAUUGGACAGCCAUUGCAAACACCUGGAGCACAUUCCGUGAUUGGAGCUCAGACGCUGCCAGUGUCAAAUCAGCAGGCAAAUUAUGGUUAUCCAAACCCAUCGCAACAUCAGCAGAAUCGGCCACCGCAUGGUCAGCAACACGCACAAAAUUCUAGGCCACAUACAUCAUCUAGUUUGCAAAUGCAACCUCACCAUGGAGUACAAUCGCAACAACAAGAUCAGCAACAGCAACUCCAGUCACUUGCUGCAAUGCUCCUUCAACAAACUAAGAAAUAAAUGUGAUGGAUUUACU